UUUUUGUUAUUAUUAUUAUUUUUAUAAUAUUUCUGCAGUUUUAUCAAAGCCCAUAUAUAUAAAUAAAGAUAUGGUGAAUUCCUUGGUGGGAAGAGCCACAAAUGAUAUGCUUAUUGGUCCUGAUUGGGCCUUAAAUCUUGAGAUAUGUGAUAUUUGUAAUCAUGAUCCUGUGCAAGCAAAGGAUGUCAUUAAAGGAAUAAAAAGGCGUUUAGGAAGCAAGAAUCCCAAAGUCCAGCUUCUUGCUUUAACAUUAUUGGAAACACUUGUCAAGAAUUGUGGGGAUUAUGUUCAUUUGCAAGUAGCCGAGAGAAAUGUACUUACCGACAUGGUUAAAAUAGUGAAAAAGAAGCAUCCCGAUUUUCAUGUAAAAGAGAAGAUAUUAGUGCUAAUAGAUACUUGGCAAGAAGCUUUUGGAGGAGCAAGGGCAAGAUAUCCACAGUAUUAUGCAGCAUAUCAUGAGUUAUUGCGUUUAGGAGCAAAUUUUCCAGAGAAAUCCGAGAGAUCAGCACCCGUCCUUACACCCCCACAAUCACAGCCUCUACCAUCGUAUCCACAUAAUUUGGGUAAUCCAGAAAAUGCAAAUGAUUCUGCCGUCCGUUCUGCAGAGUCUGAGUUUCCAACAUUGAGUAUGACAGAAAUGCAAAAUGCACGUGGUAUCAUGGAUGUCCUUGCAGAAAUGUUGACUGCAAUAGACCCACAAAAGAAAGAGGGACUUAAGCAAGAGGUUAUUGUCGACUUGGUGGAACAGUGCCGUACAUACAAGAGACGAGUGGUACACCUGGUCAACUCCACUUCGGAUGAAUCACUAUUAAGUCAAGGAUUAGCUUUGAAUGACGAUUUACAGCGAGUUCUUGCCAAACAUGAUUCCCUUCUUACAGGAACUUCUGUUCCAUUUGAAAAGUCAAAGCCUGAAACUAGCCGAGCAUUAGUACCUGUCAAUCCUCCUCUAACCGACACAAAACAAACAGGGUCUGUCAGUCAUGCUAAAGUAGAGGCAGAUUUGAUCUCUCUUGCUCCUGUUACAACUAAUGGAACGUCAACUACUCCACCAGAAUCUUAUCCCAAGUUUGAUCUUUUGAGUGGAGAUGACUAUGACUCGCCAACUGCUUCUAAUUCUCUUGCCAUAGUCCCAGUUGGUGUAUCGCAACCAACUACUCCUGUAUCUCAGAACAACGCAUUAGCUCUUGUGGACAUGUAUUCACAAAAUAAUGUUUCACCUGUACAAACAUAUUCUUCGUCACCUCAAAUCCAACAUCAGAAAUUGCCAGCUCCACCUCGACAUGAGUCAUGGUCCUCCUACAAUCAAGGAAAUAAUCUCGCUUGGAAUGGUCAUGUGCCUCAACAACAGCAGUCACCUUCACUGGGCUAUGGUGCUACAAAUGGUGGAUUACCAUUACCGCCUUGGGAAGCUCAGCCUGCUGACAAUCAAUCACUAAGUCCACACUACUCUCUGUCUAAUGGUUUACAAUUGGUUCAGCAGCAAAACACAGGAAGCCGUAUGCCACUUAUGAGCAAUCAGCCAGGCUAUAUCCCUCAAGUUCCUCUACAACAGUUCCAAGGAGGUGUACUUCUGCAGCAGCAAACACAACCUAGCCAAAUGGCUUACGUGAAUCCGCAACAAAUGGCUCAGCAAAUGGCACAACAAAUGUACAAUAACCAAAUGGCGCAGCAAAUGUACAUUACCCAAAUGGCACAGCAAAUGUACAAUAACCAAAUGGCCCAAGUUAAUGGUUACGGUGGUGGCAGUGGUAGCUACAGCAAUGGGUAUGGAUAUGGACAACAACAAAAUUCACAAUAUAUUGAUCAGAGAAUGUCGGCGAUGUCCAUGAACACGGUUUACACUGGUCCUUCAAUGACUAAUGCAUCCUAUGUGCACGUACCGUCUGGAAAGCCUCAAAAGGAAGAGGAUAAGCUUUUUGGAGAUUUAGUUAAUUUUGCAAAAGUCAAACCAAACAAAACGACUCCUGGUAGAGCUUCUUGAGAGCGUGUGACCUACUUGACUUGUAUUUAUUUUCCCCCCAAAAUAAUUGCCAUUAUAUAUAAUUCUACUGGCUUAUAUAUUUCUGCCAGUUUUCGUUUUUCCUUUAGUUGCAGUUAUGUACAUUUUAUAUGUAUAGGUCCGCUGAUGUUGAGCCGGAUGUCUGAAUUUGAGAAUAUGGAGAGACCAUUGUAUAAUAUUUUGUGAGGUUUAUCUUCAGGAUUUCAUUGUUCA